AUGGCGGCCUGCAGGCAGUGCUGCUCGUGUCUGAGGCUCCGGCCGCCGGGCUGAGGUCCCCUCGGUCCCCUCGGCUGGCCCGGGCGGAGUCGGCCGCUCAUCUAUUUGCAGGCGCGAGCGCUGUGGAGCACCAUCUGGUCCCGAACGGUGGCCAUGGACCUGGGCCACAGAAAAUUAGAAAUAUCCUCUGGAAAACGGGCAAGAUUUGCAGAUGGCUGUGCAGUGGCAGGCGACACAGCAGUGAUGGUCACAGUGGUCAGUAAAACAAAGCCUUCACCCUCCCAGUUCAUGCCCCUGCUGGUUGACUACAGACAGAAGGCUGCUCCAGCAGGUAGAAUCCCUACAAACUACCUUAGAUGGGAGAUUGGCUCUUCUGACAAAGAGAUUCUUACAAGUCGAGUAAUAGAUCGUUCAAUUCGACCUCUCUUUCCAGCUGGCUAUUUUUAUGAUACUCAGGUAAUAUGUAAUCUGCUAGCUGUAGAUGGCAUCAAUGAACCCGAUGUCCUAGCAAUUAAUGGUGCUUCUGUAGCCCUCUCCUUGUCAGACAUUCCUUGGAAUGGACCUGUCGUGGCAGUACGAAUAGGAAUGAUUGAUGGAGAAUGUGUUGUUAACCUGACAAGGAAAGAGAUGUCUUCUAGCACUUUAAAUUUAGUGGUUGCUGGAGCACCUAAAAGCCAUAUUGUUAUGCUGGAAGCCUCUGCAGAAAACAUUCUACAGCAGGACUUCUGUCAUGCUAUCAAAGUUGGAGUGAAGUAUACCCAGCAGAUAAUUCAGGGCAUCCAGCAGUUGGUAAAAGAAAUUGGUGUUGCCAAGAGGACACCCCAGAAGAUAUUCACCCCUUCACCAGAGAUUGUGAAGUAUGCUCACAACCUCGCCGUGGAGAAACUCUACGCAGUUUUUACGGAUUAUGAACAUGAUAAAAUUUCUAGAGAUGAAGCUGUUAACAAGAUAAGACUAGACACAGAGGAGCAACUAAAGGAAAAAUUUCCAGAGGUCGACCAAUUUGAAAUAAUAGAAUCCUUCAAUGUUGUUGCAAAGGAGGUUUUCAGAAGUAUUAUUUUGAAUGAAUACAAAAGGUGUGAUGGACGGGAUUUGACUUCACUUAGGAAUAUAAGUUGUGAGGUAGAUAUGUUUAAAACACUUCAUGGAUCAGCAUUGUUUCAAAGGGGACAGACACAGGUACUCUGUACUAUUACAUUUGAUUCAUUAGAAUCCAGUAUUAAGUCAGAUCAAAUUAUAACAGCGAUAAAUGGGGUAAAAGAUAAAAAUUUCAUGCUGCACUAUGAGUUUCCUCCUUAUGCAACCAAUGAAAUUGGCAAAGUUACUGGUGUAAAUAGAAGAGAACUUGGGCACGGUGCUCUUGCUGAGAAAGCUUUGUUUCCCGUUAUUCCCAAAGAUUUUCCUUUUACCAUAAGAGUCACAUCUGAAGUCCUUGAGUCAAACGGGUCAUCUUCUAUGGCAUCUGCAUGUGGUGGAAGUUUGGCAUUAAUGGAUGCAGGGGUCCCAAUUUCAUCUGCUGUUGCAGGUGUAGCAGUGGGAUUGGUUACCAAAACCAAUCCAGAGAAAGGGGAAAUAGAAGAUUAUCGUUUGCUGACAGAUAUUCUGGGAAUUGAAGAUUACAAUGGUGACAUGGAUUUCAAAAUAGCCAGUAUAAAUAAGGGAAUAACUGCAUUACAGGCUGAUAUUAAAUUACCUGGAAUACCAAUUAAAAUUGUAAUGGAAGCCAUUCAGCAAGCAUCAGUGGCAAAGAAGGAGAUAUUACAGAUAAUGAACAGAGUAAUUUCAAAACCUUGAGCAUCUAGAAAAGAAAAUGGACCAGUCGUAGAAACAAUUAAAGUUCCAUUAUCAAAAUGAGCAAAAUUUGUUGGACCGGGUGUAUAUCACAUAAAAAAACUUCAGGCUGACACAGGUGUAACAAUUAGUCAGAUUGAUGAAGAAACCUUCUCCAUAUUUGCACCAACACCUAGUGCAAUGCAUGAGGCAAGAGACUUCAUUAGCGAAAUUUGCAGAGAUGAUCACGAGCAACAGUUAGAAUUUGGAGCAGUUUAUACCGCUACAAUAACUGAAAUCAGAGACACUGGCGUAAUGGUAAAACUGUACCCAAACAUGACUGCUGUGCUACUUCAUAACAUGCAACUUGACCAGCGAAAGAUUAAACAUCCCACUGCCCUAGGAUUAGAAGUUGGUCAAGAAAUUCAGGUCAAAUACUUUGGCCGUGAUCCAGCUGAUGGAAGAAUGAGGCUUUCCCGCAAAGUCCUUCAGUCUCCAGCUAUAACUGCUGUCAAAACUCUAAAUGAUAGAAGCAGCAUUGUAAUGGGAGAGUCUAUGUCACAGUCAUCAUCCAACUCUUCCCCUUGACUCCUGUUGGAAAUGGUAUUCAACAGUGAUAUUCUGCAAAGCAAACUUUAAUAGUCCCGUUUAAUGUGUAGAUUUCU